AAGUGAAAAGCCAUGUACCAUGGUGGCUGUGUACAUGUGCUAGGGCUCACCAAUCAGUUCUGCAUCUGACACUUACUGAAAAGAGCAGAAGUGAGCAAAUGUAAUAUAAACUUGAGCGCUAGAGGGAUCUUAAGAAAGAAGUCAUGGCAACAUGACAUGAUCUCUUACGUUCCUAUAUGUACUGUACUAUUGCUAUCUAUGACCUUCAAUGUGUAUCAUAAAAUAUACUGCAUGUUCAGUGUGGCCAGGAAGAUCUUAUCUUCAUCUGUUGACUAUUGAGUGCUUUUUGAUAGUAAUAUCACUGGCGUUUGAGGGCUUGAAUUAUAUUAUUGAUUAGGUACGACCAUCUUAAGAUUGAGUGAUCAUUUCUUUUUAAUGCUUUGCUCCCUUUCUGGUGUGUACAGAAAUCAAGAUGAGAGGGUCUCUUGUCCAGCUAAAGGUGAUGGAAAGAGAGCAAGAGAUCUGACUGGCCAUUGUCCCCCUUUGUUGACUGGCUACCAUGCACGACAGUUAUUCGCCCACACAAGACCCCCUCUUGUAUUUUUUUAUCAAGCUAAAAGUGCAAAUUAGAGAUCGCGAGAUUAAAGUGAACAUCUUUGACAUGGCUGGGCACCCCUUCUUCUAUGAGGUUCGCAACGAGUUUUACAAGGACACUCAGGGGGUUGUCCUAGUGUAUGAUGUUGGCCAGAAGGAGUCAUUUGAUGCACUGGAUGGAUGGAUGGCUGAGAUGAAGCAGGAGCUUGGACCUCAUGGAAACAUGGAAAACAUUGUCUUCGUUGUCUGUGCCAACAAGAUUGACUGCACCAAGCACCGCUGCGUGGAUGAGAGCGAAGGGCGACUGUGGGCAGAAAGCCGGGGGUUUCUUUACUUUGAGACCUCAGCACAGACAGGAGAAGGAAUCAAUGAGAUGUUCCAGACCUUCUAUUCCGCAAUUGUUGAUCUGUGCGACAAUGGUGGGAAACGCCCCACAUCGAGCAUGAGCAUUGGGUUCACCAAAGAGCAGGCGGACACCAUUCGGAGGAUCCGCAACAGCAAGGACAGUUGGGACAUGUUGGGAGUCAAACCUGGAGCCACAAGGGACGAGGUGAACAAAGCCUAUCGGAAGCUGGCAGUGCUGCUCCAUCCGGACAAGUGCGUGGCUCCCGGCAGCGAGGACGCCUUCAAAGCUGUCGUGAAUGCGCGGACGGCGCUUCUCAAAAACAUCAAGUAGAGGACAGAGCCAGAAAGCCCACCCUGGUGGACCCCAUGCCCACAGUUCCUGGAGAUCCAGUUGACCAGGGCAGCCCUCUCCUCCCCAGCACCCGUUACUGUCUUAGUAAUGGAGACUAGGGGCCUCCUCCUGUUUCCACUAACUCCGUAGGAACAGGAGUUGGCCCUCGGUAGCUGCGUUUCACCAUGCGCCAGUUUCUUUCUACGUUGAGAGCUGAGCAGAGGAGUGGUGUCUCGUGCACCCAGCCUUGAGCAAGUUCCUGACAGAGUCUGAGGCUCAGCUUCAGGGUUGGCGUAAGCAGGCGCAGCGCCCCGAAGCCAGUGGUGUUGCACUAGUUCUCGCCAACAAUGGAUUUGGCCCCCG